GUGAUGAGUUCGCGCGACGGCAUUCGACAUCGAACGAGCUGUCCUGUUCUCCCACCGCGCUCUAAUACCCCUCCUACCCGCAUUUACCUACCUUUGAACUCGGGCGGCAUUGAUUGUUCCCCGACUACUCCAACGUAACGACCCGUAUCCCCAGCCUGACCCACGUAUUCACACUUCCAUCACAACAACCUCUGUCUGACGAGCGACGAUCACCGAAAAUGGCCAGAGACAGACUCGCAGCAAUGAGGGCCCAGCAAGGCGGGGGAGGCUACACCUCAUCAAACGAUUCGUACCCUACUCAAGCGUCUGGUGGCUAUGGGGGAGGUGGAGGGUACUCACGGAGAGCGAACCCCUACGCACAACAGGAUGACCGUAGCUACGAGAUGUCGGAGGUGCAGGACAGCCGGGCGAACCUCGUUCCCACAACCAACUACGGCGGAGGAGGAGGCGCAGGUGACAUGACGGCUUUUUAUGAUGAGAUUUCGUCCAUCCAAGAUAGCUUGAGGACGUUCAACGAUAACGUGUCGCGAAUUGGCGAUUUACACUCGCGUUCGUUGAAUAACACCGAUGAUGCGGCCGCGCAGCGGAAUCAGCAGCAGUUGGACGCUCUUGUGGAUGAGACUAGCGCCUUGAGCAGCGACCUGAAGAAGCGUAUCAAGACUCUCGAGCGACAGGGUGGCGCUGGGCGAGACGGCCAGAUCCGCAAGCAGCAGACCGGUCUGGUGAAGUCGAAGUUCGUGGAGGCGAUCCAAAAUUACCAGGGCGUCGAGCAACAGUACCGGCAACGCUACAAGCAGCGGAUGGAGCGCCAGUUCAAGAUCGUCAAACCUGACGCAACGCCGGAGGAGGUCAAGGCCGUCGUCAAUGAUGAAUCUGGCGGUCAAAUAUUCUCCCAAGCGCUCAUGAACUCGAACCGCUACGGUGAAUCGCGCGCCGCGUACCGGGAGGUGCAGGAGCGUCACGCCGACAUUCAACGGAUCGAGCGGACUCUGGGUGAACUCGCGCAGCUCUUCAAUGAUAUGAGUGUUCUCGUCGAACAACAAGACGAGCAGAUCAACACCAUCGAAGCCACCACGCAAAACGUCGAAAAGGAUACCGAAGCCGGUCUCGGAUACACCGAGAAGGCGGUCGAUUCCGCUCGGGGCGCACGGAAGAAGCGAUGGAUCUGCUUCUGGAUCACCCUCGUCCUCAUCAUCAUCAUCGUCAUCAUCAUCGUGGUCAAGGUCGUCAUCCCCGCGAUCAACAACCACAACAACAGCAGCAGCGGUGGGGGUUCUAAGACCGUCACGGCGUCGCCAUCCGCCACGGCGACCUCGUCCUGAUCGCUCGACGGAGGGCAGUGCCCGCCCGCAACGAACGGUCUUCAUACGUAGUAUUUAUGUGCCACAUCGGACUUCGUUUAUGCGGAUACAUGGAUCCUUGUCUUCGCCUGAUAUAUUCCCGGAUCUAUACCAUCCACUCCUUCGAUGUGACGACUUGUUCAUUUCUCUUACACAUACGACCGCCAGCCUACAUGUAGCUCUGGCAUAAUAUAGGAGCACCUUGGCCCCGCCCAGAAACGAGAUUGCG